GUCGUGACUACUGAUAUACUUCUGAAUCGGAAAUGGCUUCGUCAUCUAAAACCCUAAUGGAUUUUUUUCAACCUGCGAAACGCCUCAAAGCUUCCCCUUCUUCUUCUUCCUCCUCUUUCACCGCCGUCUCCGUCGCCGGUGGUUCCCGCGGUUUGGGUUCCGCAGCAAACUCGCCGCCUCGUGUAACCAUCACCAGUUCCGUCUCCGAUGACUCAUCUGGCCUUACACCCGAACAGGUCGCUCGCGCAGAGUUCAACAAGUUCGUCGCCAAGUCCAAGCGUAACCUCGCCGUCUGCUCCGAGAAGGUCACAAAAGCGAAAGCUGAAGGAAGCUGCUACGUGCCUUUGAAUGAGCUCUUGGUAGAAGAAUCAUGGCUGAAAGCUCUUCCUGGGGAAUUGCAUAAACCCUACGCCAAAACUCUUUCUGAUUUCCUUGAACGUGAGAUCAUCGCUGACAGUAAAAGCCCUCCGAUUUAUCCACCGCAACACUUGAUUUUCAAUGCCCUUAAUACAACUCCUUUUGAUCGAGUUAAGACUGUCAUUAUCGGACAGGAUCCUUAUCAUGGACCUGGUCAAGCUAUGGGUUUGUCCUUCUCUGUACCUGAAGGAGAAAAGCUUCCUUCUAGUCUGUUGAACAUAUUUAAGGAGCUUCACAAAGAUGUUGGCUGUUCUAUCCCACGUCACGGUAAUCUACAGAAAUGGGCUGUGCAGGGUGUGUUGCUGCUGAAUGCUGUUCUUACAGUAAGGAGUAAACAGCCUAAUUCACAUGCAAAGAAAGGAUGGGAACAAUUCACUGAUGCUGUUAUUCAAAGUAUUUCACAGCAGAAGGAAGGUGUUGUUUUUCUCCUGUGGGGAAGAUACGCUCAAGAGAAAUCCAAGUUGAUAGAUGCGACUAAACAUCAUAUACUCACAGCAGCUCAUCCAUCUGGUUUGUCGGCGAAUAGAGGCUUCUUCAACUGCAGGCAUUUCUCUCGCGCAAACCAGCUACUCGAGCAAUUGGGGAUUCCUCCCAUAGACUGGCAACUUUAACUUGUUAACCGUAGUCUCAAGGCCAAGACGAAGUGUGAUCUUUCUCGGGAAGCCUAUCGUUUUUUGCAGUCCUUUUUGGUGAAGAAAAUCUUGACAGUUCCAGUGCCCUUUUUUGUGAAUUAUGUUAUCACGGAAACCUAGCAUAGGCUGUUGAAGUAGUUGGAUCUGAGUAUGGCUCAGUAGUGUCAAACUGUGUCUUCAUUUUGUUGUUUUCAAGAACACUGGUGUAUUAAAUUUGUAUGGAAAGU